AUGUCCUCCACAUCGCCCGAUACUGUUAUCAUAGCAGCUAUGCUAGACAGGCUCGAGCCUCUGGCACCCAACGAGUAUAUAGUAGCCUUGAGUCGAGGCAGCGAUCAGUUUAUCGCCACACCGAACGGUUACACCUCCACAUGUCUACCAAACAACUUACUCAGAGAAUUAUGCGCAGGUUAUGUCAAGAGAAUCACAUGGGCUUCGUACGGCAGCAAACCCGGGUCGUGGUUUUUCGGCUGGGAGCGCAGAGACAGCGCAUCGGCUUUCAUGAUCGGACCCGAGAUUCCGCCAGCAUUACGGUCCUACAUACAAGCAGUAGAAGCUUCCGAGACUCUUCGUUCUGGUAUUCGAGUACAACUUGGUGCCGCCGACUCUUUCGUCGUAUGGUCAGGCACAGCUUGGGCAUGCGCAGAUGUUCCGGCGCAACUCGAGGCCAGGUUACGCGAAGGCAGUUCCGGAUUCCGUAAGAGCAACCAUAUCACCAAUGGUUCGUUGAGGGACUCUCGUACUCUGGAUAAUAUCCAGUGGCAUGCCAAUGGAUCGUACUACAUCAAGAGCGGCGACCGUCAUCUAUGGAAUUUUCAGGCAAACCUGGUCUGCGUCGAGUGGAACAAGCUGUGGAAAGGCGCGAGACAAGAUGAGCGAAUGGUUAGGAUCAACAAAGAGCUCGCUUACGUCCUGAUUAGCCCGCAUACCAAGAAGGGCGAGACCUUCGCAUUCAUCAAGAAGCACUCUGCCGGGUUGGACACGCCGUAUAUUGUCCAUUUUGAGGGAGAGCCAAUUCACACCAACUUUGAUGGUGAUGACGGCUCUGACCAGCCUACGCUAAGCAGUUCGCCUCCUGGCACUGAUGACGUUCCCUUCCAGUGGGCGACUACCAAGAAGUCUGGUCGGCCGCAUAGGGCGGAUUCAUGGGAGCUAGUGUUAAGAAAAGGUGAAAAGGUGAAAGUCAUUCGCGACAUGGGUCGCAACUGGUUUGUGGUCACCGAUAAGAAAGACAUCAAGGGGUUUGUACAUGGCUCUUGGCUCGUCUUUGGUGAUGGUGCAGUGCACAAAGACUCCAAGGCAGCAUACGGUCAGUUCGUGGAAGAUAUACGAGAGUUGCUCAAACCCGGGCAACUACAGAGUUUCCUAGCGAUGACAGGCUACGUCGACGAGUGCACUGAACGGGACUGUCAGCUGCUCAAGGAAGAUGUCUCGAAAUUGGGCAUCUGCACCCACGAUCUGCGAGCAUUGCUGCAAGCUUCCGGUAAAUAUUCGUAUGAAUGGCUCAAGGAGGAACGAAACCUAUGGCACCCGGAUAGGUUUGCGCGCUUCGUCCACCCAGACCACAUGGAGCGUCUUACGCUCAUGGCGGAACAGAUGUUUGUCAUGUAUGGAAUCUUGAUGGAGACUGCGCAUAGUUCCAGGCAGUUUUCCAGCACAGGCUUCAACAUGGCUGGUCAGAAGAUUGACGGCACUGCCAUUGCCAAGAGCAUCCGCGAGAGGCUGGGUCAGAAGAUCAAGGAGAAGCAAGAGAAGAACCCGCGAUACCGUCCAAGCCUGAAAAUUGUCCAAGUGGGUGACAGGUCCGACUCCAGCACUUAUGUUCGCAUGAAGCUCAAGGCCGCCGAAGAGGCCAACAUCGACUGCGAGCUUGUCCAUCUCUCCGAAGACCUUACUGAAGGCGAGCUCCUGUACAAGAUCUACGAGUACAACAAUGACCCUGCCGUUCACGGUAUACUCGUCCAACUGCCCCUCCCCAAGCACAUCUCCGAACACACAAUCACAUCAGCCGUCGCGGACGAGAAGGACGUCGAUGGCUUCGGCAUCCAAAGCAUCGGUGAGCUGGCCAAGCGCGGCGGCAAGCCUCUCUUCACCCCAUGCACACCCAAGGGUGUCAUGGUACUGCUCCAAGAGGCCGGCAUCGACAUCUCCGGCAAGAACGCCGUCGUACUGGGACGCAGCGAUAUCGUGGGAAGCCCCGUCAGCUACCUUCUGAAGAACGCCGACGCGACAGUCACUGUAUGCCACUCGAGGACAAAGAACCUACCGGAAGUCGUUCGCCAGGCAGACAUCGUCAUCGCUGCCAUUGGCAAGGCGCAGUUCGUCAAGGGAGACUGGCUCAAGCCCGGUGCUGUCGUCAUUGACGUUGGCACCAACUUCAUCCCAGACGACACCAAGAAGAGCGGACAGAGGCUCGUAGGAGACGUCGACUAUGACUCUGCCGUCGAGGUUGCGUCGCACAUCACCCCAGUACCCGGCGGUGUAGGUCCUAUGACCAUCGCUAUGCUGCUACAGAACCUUGUCGACUCCGCCGACGCGACCUUUGACAGGCAGAAGAAGCGUAAGAUUUCGCCUCUUCCCAUUCGCAUCGAAGACCCGAUACCCGCCGACCAUGCUAUCUCACGCAAGCAGCACCCAAAGCAGAUCACAACCGUAGCAAAGGAGGUUGGCAUUCUCCCACACGAGCUAGAGCCAUAUGGUGCAACAAAGGCCAAAGUCGACCUGUCUCUGCUGAGGCGACUCGAGCACCGCCGCAACGGAAGGUACAUUCUCAUUGCUGGUAUCACUCCUACCCCGCUCGGCGAGGGUAAGUCAACAACCACAAUUGGUGUCGCGCAAGCAUUGGGCGCGCACCUGGGCAGGAUAUGCUUUGCCAAUGUGCGUCAACCCAGCAUGGGACCGACAUUCGGUAUCAAGGGAGGUGCCGCUGGUGGAGGCUACAGCCAGGUCAUCCCCAUGGACCAGUUCAAUCUUCACCUUACUGGCGACAUCCACGCCAUCACCGCGGCGAACAACUUGCUGGCUGCUGCUAUCGAGACGCGCAUGUUCCACGAGAACACCCAAAAGGAUGCUGCUCUAUACAAGCGCCUAGUGCCAGCCAAGAAGGGCAAGCGCGAGUUUGUUCCGGUCAUGUUCCGUCGUCUCAAGAAGCUCGGUAUCGACAAGACGAACCCAGAUGACUUGACUGAGGAGGAGAUCUCUAAGUUUGCCAGGCUUGAUAUCGACCCGGAAACCAUCACCUGGCGACGUGUGUUAGAUGUCAACGACAGGCAUCUGCGCAAAAUCACAGUCGGUCAAGCGCCAACUGAGAAGGGUCAGACUCGCGAGACUGGCUUUGACAUCUCGGUCGCCAGCGAGUGCAUGGCUAUUCUAGCGCUCAGCAAGGACCUUUCGGAUCUCCGCGAGCGUCUUGGUAGCGUGGUUGUUGCCAGCUCCCGCGCUGGCGACCCUGUCACUUGCGACGACAUCGGUGCUGGUGGUGCCCUGACUGCUCUGCUUGUCGAUGCCAUCAAGCCCAACAUGAUGCAAACCCUUGAGGGCACUCCCGUCUUCGUUCACGCCGGUCCCUUCGCGAACAUCAGUAUCGGCGCUUCUUCUGUAAUUGCAGACAGGCUCGCUCUCAAGCUGGCUGGUACUGAGCCAGACGAGGACCACGACGCUCAGACCGGAUUUGUUGUUACUGAGGCCGGCUUCGACUUCACCAUGGGUGGCGAGCGCUUCUUCAACAUCAAGUGCCGCUCCUCCGGUCUUGUGCCCGACACCGUUGUCAUCGUCGCGACCGUCCGUGCCCUUAAGAACCACGGCGGCGGCCCUGACAUCAGCCCCGGUGCGCAACUCCCCGAAGUCUACCGCACCGAGAACAUCGACAUCCUCCGCGCUGGUUGCGUCAACCUCAAGAAGCACAUUGAGAACGCCAAGCAGUACGGUGUUCCCGUCGUUGUGGCCAUUAACCGCUUCGCAACCGAUACCCAAGCUGAGAUCGAUGUGAUUCGCGAAGAGGCCAUCGCGGCCGGUGCCGAGGACGCCAUCCCAGCCAACCACUUCGCCGAAGGUGGAAAGGGGGCUGUAGACCUUGCAGAGGGAAUCAUCAAGGCCUCUGCAAAGCCUAAGCCCGACUACAAACUUCUCUACGACGUUAACAGUGGUACGGUACAAGAACGCAUGGAGACCAUUGCCAAGAAGAUGUACGGUGCUUCCGCUGUUGAGUUCUCCGAGCUCGCUCAAAAGAAGGUUGACACCUACGUCAAGCAAGGCUUCGGCAACCUACCCAUCUGCGUCGCCAAGACACAGUACUCCCUUAGCCACGACCCCAGCCUCAAGGGUGCCCCAACUGGCUUCACGGUCCCUAUCAGGGAUGUCAGGAUGGCGGCUGGUGCAGGAUACUUGUAUGCACUUGCGGCAGAUAUCCAGACCAUUCCCGGUCUGCCUACUGCUCCUGGAUAUCUGAAUAUCGAUGUCGACGUUGAGACUGGCGAGAUUGACGGCAUGUUCUAA